AUGGCAGAAGAAUCCGGUGUCCACCCCACAGAAGUCGCGAACAUCUCUGAGUUCAACGAAAUAAUAAACCAAGACAAAAUCACCGCCGUGGACUUCUACACUACUUGGUGCCCCCCUUGCAAAGCCUUCGCUCCAGUAUUCCACAAAUACGCGGGAGAAUUUCUCGAUGUCAAUUUCGUAAAGGUCGACGUCGAACGGGCCGUUGACGUCGGAAAAGAGUACGAAAUCACUUCCGUUCCCACGAUUAAGUUGUUUAGGGGUGGGAAGGUCAUUGAUGGCCAUGACGAUUUGGACGCUCGAGAAUUUAAGGUGAAGCUGCAGGCUUUGAUUAGCACUUGA